CUCACCCCUGUGCCCAUUUCGCAAGUGUUCCAAUUGCGUCUCAGCUUACUUAAGUCAUAGAGAUCGCUGAUCUUGGUUUCCACCAACCACCUCUUAGAUAUGGAUUUUUAAAAAUCGUUUGCUGUCUGAUUGGUGGUUCACAAUUACUUUAAUUUACGAUCCAACCUGAUUUUCCCUGCCCCUUUUUCACAAAAUCACAUAAAAGUAGGCUCAAGUGCUCCAUAAAUAAAUCGUUUAUCAUAAAACUGUCGAUAUUUGGAUUAUUGUCUGAAUUGCUUAGUUGGAUUAUUCUUAUUGGUUGAAUGUUUCUCUAAAUUUUCCACCCCUGCUUCGUUUGUUAUCGAUCUGUUUGCGUAUUGUUAUAUAGCAACACGUGUCACCUUGACAACGCCUAUUGCAUUUAGACUGAACUAGUUGUCCACUUAGUUUAGACUUGUUCAGCUUAUCGUUCAUUUCUGAGAACUAACAAAAGCCGUAAUUGUGAAAAAAUUAUCUUUUCUCAUGGAUGUGGAUUAUCCAGAAACAUCAUUCACGGUAAGCAAACUUAUUGAAGUGAAUUGUUUUUCACAAUAUGGUUAUUCGCAAACAUUCUAAUGGUUAUGUGUUCCAUUUUACCAAAGUUUUUCUUUUCCACUUGUAUUGUUGCCCUGACUAUACUGGUUUUAAUUGUCCAUCUGUUUUUAGGAUACCGUUGUAUAUUUUGUUAAAGAUGGCAGUCGGUCGUGAUUAAUACUUUGGGUUAGGUUAAAGUACCUUAAACUUGAUUAAAGUAAAAUCAAACUGCUCUCGUAUGAACUGUACACGUUAUUUUACAGCAGUGGUAAGGUGAAUGUAUUUCGUAUAAAGUUUACUCUGCUUUCCGAAACAUAUUAUUGCAGACUGAAGUAAACAAGUAAGAAUAUCUUUUAGAAUAAGCCAAGAUAAUUGCCAUUCAGUUAUGGAGCUAGAAUAUCUCCUCUAGCCUUAUUCAUCUUGCCUAACUCAUUUUAAGCAAGCAGGGAAAUAAAAACUAAUUAGCUGAUUUAUACAUUUCUGCCGUGUGUUACACAAAGCAUGGACUUACUUCCGUAGAAUAAGCUAGCAUACAACAACUGCAGGUUGAUACCUCUGAGAUCCCUCCUGCUUCUCUGGUUAACGGAAUUUAAGAUCAUGACUUCAAGCGGUUGAACAUCAUCUAGACAUGCGUUUAGUGGUGAAUGUACCACGACAUAUAUUUAUCAUUCAAUGUAAUCGAUUUAGAAAUGGUAUUUUGUUAUUUUUUCAUUCGAUUCACUUUCGUGAUAGUGUGCUUAGGGGUUUUAAAAUAAGAUUUAUUGUACAUCUAUUACCAUGUUAUCACUUAUUCAACUAAAUAUUGAAGCAUUUUCAAUAAAAUAGCCUUUACAUUAAAUUGCGUUCUAGUUUAUAUGCUUGUUUACGUAAUGGAUCCUAUAGUUAUAUGAAAGACUUAUCCGAGAAUACUUUUUUUGAAAUGUAUAGUCAGUAAAACAGAUAUAUAAUAUAUUCUUCUGUUGGAAAUCACCUUAGAUUCUAGUCCAAUUAAUAGAACUUUUCAUUUACCACAAAUACUGAUCAUUACUUUAUCCGAACUGACAUUACUGAUAUUCCGUAUUAUUUGUUUUGUAGGACUUUCAAGUUUUUGAACUACUUGGUCGAGGAGGAUUUGCCCAGGUAUAUCGGGCGAAGUCCAUCAUUACUGGACAAGAAGUUGCUAUUAAAAUGAUCGAUAAGAAGGGUAUGCUCCAUCAUGGAUUAGCCAAUCGUGUACGUCGUGAAGUAGAAAUCCAUAGUCGUCUGAAGCAUCCUUCCAUCUUAGAACUGUACACAUGUUUUGAAGAUGCAAAUUACGUCUACUUAGUUUUGGAAAUAUGUCAUAAUGGAGAAUUACAAACAUAUAUACGUCAAAACGGACCUGUUACAGAAGAUACUGCUCGACAUUAUCUGAAACAAUUGAUCAGUGGUCUCGUCUAUUUACAUUCACACAAUAUAAUUCACAGGGACUUGACUCUGGCAAAUCUGUUGCUGACUAAAGACAUGAAAGUUAAAAUUGCGGAUUUUGGAUUAGCCACUAAAAUUGAACCAGGUGAAGAUCAUAAGACAAUGUGUGGGACGCCAAAUUACAUCUCUCCGGAAGUUGCAAGUCACAACCAACAAGGUUUAGAAACUGAUGUAUGGUCAUUAGGUUGUAUGUUCUAUACACUAAUUGUUGGCCGUCCACCAUUUGAUACGAGAGAAGUUCGUUCUACUUUAAAUCGUGUCUUGGCUGUAGACUACGAAUUGCCACCAAGUAUUUCUACUGAAGCAGCUGAUUUGAUUAAUUCUUUACUCCGGCGUGAACCUCAAGAGCGUAUCAAAUUGAAAGCAAUUAUGCAACACCCGUUUAUAGUUAAAAAAUCCCAACCUCAACGCUAUAUGGAAACAUCAAAUGACAGUGGGAUUGAUUCUAUUUCUCGCACCCCUUUGGGAUGUCUAACUAAUAAUCUUAAAUGCCAUCAACCCAUAAAAGUUGAAUCCAAUGGAUUUACACUCCGUCCUUGUGUCGCUCCACUUUCUACAGCCAUUUCAGAUACUCAAUAUGAUACACGGACACCUUAUUGCCGAGAUCCUUCACAGCGCUUACCUCUCCCCACUAGUAGUUGUGAUGCUGUGAUCAAUGCUUAUCCAAAUAUACCACGUUCCACAAGACAACUUAAUAAUCGCCCAAAUACUCAACAAACACGUUAUUCAGACGGUGUUUUUGAACAAUCCCGGUUGGUUAUUUCACCAAUAUCAGAUCCAGAUAAUGAUAAAGUACUACUAAGUCAUCGUGGUCAACCUAUCACUUCAACUGUUAACCGGGGUCAAACCAAUUUAUCUAGUUUUUCAUUUUCUUCAAUUUCACGUCCAACUGUUACUGAACCUGUAACAACACAACGUUCUGAUUUUCUGAAUGCCACCACCAGCGUACCUAAAACCAAAGUACCAUCUGGAAGUACUGGAAAACAAUUUAAUAAUCGUCCUUUACCACUAGAUAGCCGUCGUUUGAGACCUAUGAGGACUUUCACACGUCUAGCUGUGGUCAAUAUCUUACAAGAUGAAUCUAUUUGUCUUGAGUUUUUCGGAGGUUCUGCUAAAACUCGACAAAACGUAACUCCGACAGUGAUGAAUAGUCAAAAUUACCGAGUUGUCGAAGUGAUAGGUAUAAACAGUACUGGACAAUGCAUUCUAAUCUACCAACCGAAUAUGGGAAAGGGAGUGCCACUGAAUACCAAAGGGCUCAGUGAUUCUUCUCAGGUAGCGGGAGCUGACUGUGAAACCACAGAUGUUGGCGGUCCUCCUCCCGCAUGCCCAGGCGAUCCGCUUGCAUUCUACACUUUGGAUACAUUGCCCCAGAGAUACUGGAAGAAAUAUCAGUUUGUUUCAAAAUUUGUCCAAAUGGUUCGUGCUCAUACUCCUAAAGUGACAUUUUACACUGAUAAAGCCAAAUGUAUGCUUAUGGAAAAUGGUCCACCGGGAGAUUUUGUUACUGAAUUCCAUAAUAAUGGUACACGUGUCCUAUGUGCUUCUGAUGGAUCAAUACGCAUUACUCAGACAAUAGAUCAGGAUGCGUCAGAAAAAAUAAGGGACAGUACACCGACAACAAUCACACUUGAUUCGAAUCGAAGUCUUUCAACUCUUUCUCCAGAAACAAGGAAACUUUUAGACUAUACAUAUGCAUGCCGGGAUCAUUGUCAGAAAUGUGAACAGCUACUAACCGGAUUAAUUUCAGAGGACAUUCAGGUAUCAGAAUCAUCUUGUUCCUUGUUUCCAGUUAUCCUGGGACGACGUCCUAGAGUAGGCAUAAGUUCAAUCCCUUUAUCAAAAAUAGAUUCAGGAACGAUUUCACUGCCAAAUGUGAUAACUUGCGGAUCAGUGGGUCAAAUCUCACUGUCCUCUCAACUCUACAAUUUAGUAUCCGAUUGUUUUGAAACUAAGCAUAAAACUUCCCUAUCAGAAGACCAGAAACACAGUGAUUCUCCUCCUACUAACUCAGUAUUUGUUCCGAAUGUAGGUUGGGCAAAUCAGUUCACUGAUGACAAACUUCAAGUACAAUUUAAUGAUGGAGCUAAACUCUUAUUAAUUUAUGACCGAACUUUAGUCCAUUCCAUUCAUUUCACUCCACCUCCCGGAUCUGACCAUCAAUCACAAAAAGAAAAGGUGUACAGUACUUCUGAUGCUCUUCCGGAACAUGUUUAUCGAAGGUUAGAAGUGAUGCCAACUGUUAUCAGACGACUUCGUUCAAUCAAUAACCAAAUGGUUUGUUGAAAUUGUAAAAAUAAAUAUCCCCCCUUGUGACUUAGCACUCAAUAUGGCUGUGAAAUUUCUGUUUUAUAUCUUCUCGGUGUACUGAUGUAUCUAUCUUCCUUCCUAGUAUUACUACUUUACGUUCCCAUUUAUUCUUUUAUCCGGUAAUUUUAGAAGCUAAUUCGUAUAGCUUGUCGAAAUUUUGGUUUCCUUUCUUCGCGUAAGCCAGUUUCCUCUUCAAUUUAUUUUUAUGUACACUUUUUUAGUUUUCCUACUCUGUCAUUUCAAAUGUUCGUCGGAAAGCGCCUGUUCUAAAAUAAUGUUGUAGAUCCUAACGACAUAUAUGUAAAUAAAUUCGGCUCAAUGAUUACUCUUGAUAUUCAUGACUCAUGCCUGUGAACUUCAUUUCACCAGUCUGUUUGAGUACGCAUGUGUCUUUGUGCAUGGAUUUAGUCCAUCUUUUAAUCCUUAAAAAUUAUUAUUCGGUUAACUUUAUUAUUACUGAUUGUUCGAUGAGAGGUUAUUGUACAAAAUGGAUUUUAUUGUACUCAAUUAUGCAUAUUUGAGAAUUUUACCAAAUGAGCUUUCUAACAUAAUUUUUAAAUUAUGGCAAAGUAGGAAAUUUUGUGAUUGCUUACGCUAAUUUCUGAUUGCUUUUUGUGUAUAAAAUUUUUUUUGUUUUUGAUUAUCAUUUUAAUAAAUAACAGAUUGUUAUGUUG